AUGAAAGAAGGCGGGAUCUUUAUUCCACCAUGGUUCGAAUACCAUGAGCCAAGCUGUUCAGACUGGGCGAUUGUCAGCAUUGUGUUUGGCAUGACCCUCUGUUUGACCAUCUUUGGUCUUAUCCGCGUGUCUGUCCAAACAUAUCACCAAUGGAAACGAGCCAACAGGAUCACGACUUAUAUGGUUCUAAUAUGGCUUGAACUGAUUGCUAGUGGGAUCAUUGGGGGACUGGGCUGGGGUUAUGUUCGUGGAACCAUUCGUCCUGGUUUCCUCAUCUACUUCUUCAUACUGUUCCUCUGGGUGUUUCAAAUCCAUUGCAUUAUGCAAAUUAUCGUCAAUCGAAUCGCCCUUCUUCACGUUUCACCUACCAUCGUACGGCGGCUGAAAUGGGGCAUCUUUGCUAUUCUCGCCGUUAUCAACAUCUCGGUUUUUUGUAUCUGGAUACCUGCUCGGUUACAAAUUAGCGAGACCUACAUUCAAAUCAAUAAUGUUUGGGACCGAAUUGAGAAAGGCAUUUUUGCAGUCAUUGAUCUCGCUUUGAACUUCUAUUUUGUCUAUCUGGUCCGGUCUUCCCUCAUCUCAUAUGGCCUUACCAAAUAUGUUGUGUUAUACCGCUUCAAUUUAGUAAUGGUGGUCAUCUCCAUCUCUAUGGAUAUCUUAAUCAUUGGUUCAAUGUCCUUACGAAACACCUUUCUAUAUGUUGAAUUUCAUCCCCUUGCAUAUCUUGUCAAGCUCCACAUCGAACUCUCCAUGGCCGAACUUAUCGCAAAAAUCGUCAGAGCCUCCGGACCAAAUCUAGCCCCUUGUCGUUGCGUCUGCCAUGAUGAACCAAACCAUAUAUUCCUCCGCCAAGUCCAAUCUCGACACAGUGCUCCCCCAGCGCCUAGCGUAACGGCCCCGACCACUGGGAGAUUCCGUCGCUCUUGGCCGGCAUUCACAAAAAGCAUACGCACCGGGGAGAAGCGCCGUGGAGGAGGACGACCUCUUUCAAUGACCUCAGCUCGCAAAGCUCUUUCACGUAAAAGACGAAGCACCGAAGACAACAAGCCACAACAAGAAGCCUGGAAGUCGGAUACCAACGUAACGACAGACUGUGGAUCACAAAACAUACCCAGUUCAACAGGACAAUCGAACGAAAGCUCCCGUGUACAUCGCGACUGA